CCACUACUUUACUCUCCUCCAUUAUUACAAACUUUACUGUUUUUGCAAACACCAUUUUUUUAGCACAUCAUCAAAUAAUUUGUCAUCUUCAAUCCAUGGCUUCUAUGAAGCUAUUGGGUAUUUUGUUGCUUUCUUUUGCUUUUGCUUUUGCUUUUGCUUUCGCUUCUUCGGAGGCUGUUAAACCUCGCCCUCUUAGGCACUAUGUUAAUGGCAGACAAGGAUGGGUACUUCAUCCUUCCCAGGAUUACAAUCAGUGGGCUGGAGAUAACCGAUUUAGUGUUCAUGACACUCUUUACUUUAGGUAUAAUAAAGAGGAGGAUGCAGUGUUGGAAGUAAGUAAAGAGGACUAUGAUAGUUGUAACACUGAUCACCCAAUAGAGAUGAAACAAGAUGGUGAAUCUGAGUUUGAUUUAAACCAUCCUGGUCCAUUUUACUUCAUAAGUGGUAAUAAAACUCAUUGUGAACAAGGUCAAAAAAUGAUUGCUAAAGUUUUACAAAUCCCUUCUUCUUAUCCUCCUAUGCCACCUAAAUCUUCCCCUUCCCCAAUUUCCUCUUCACCACCACCCAUGGACCACCACCAUCACCACCACACGACACCGCCAUCGGCCCCGAAAACAUCCCCUGGACCCACCUAUUCUCCUCCUACACCACCUUCCGCCUCCACUCCUAAAACCUCCCCUGGACCCACCUACUCUCCUAUUACACCCCCAUCUUCCCCUGCCACGUCACCAACUGCCAUGUCACCACCUUCUCCUGUUAUGCCAGGACCAGCUUCUUCCCCGUCAUCAGCCACGUCACCACCUUCUCCUGUUAUGCCAGGACCAGCUUCCUCUCCUAAAUCCGCCACGUCACCACCUUCUCCAGUAAUUCCGGGCCCAGCUUCUUCCCCGUCAUCAGCCACGUCACCACCUUCCCCUGUCAUGCCAGGUCCAGCAUAUCCUCCAUCAUCCGCCACGUCACCACCUUCCCCAGUAAUGCCAGGUCCAGCAUAUCCUCCAUCAUCAGCCACGUCACCAUCCACGUCACCUCCGGCGGCUAUUCCGCCAUCAUCUGCCACGUCACCAUCCAUGUCACCUUCGGCGGCUAUUCCGCCAUCCGCCACGUCAUCACCUAGAGGUGCUCCGAUCACUGCAGGUCCAUCUAUGUCACCGACAUCAUCGUUAUCACCGUCAAUGUCUCCGGCAUACGGCAUGCCACCAGCAGGUUCGCCGGAAAUUGCCGGACUAUCACCGGCAAUGACACCGUCAGGUUCCGCGUCACCGCCGUCACCGGUGGCUCCAGGUCCGGGAACAUCGCCGGCAAAUUCUCCGGGGGGAACUCCGGCGGAUUUGACGGCACCGACGCCUUCGGAAUCGACAAGAUCAGGAGCUGAGAGGAGGAAUAGUUUUUCAGUGGGAGUCGGAGUUUUGUCACUAUUAGUGGCUUUUGCUAUGUGGUUUAAUUAAUUUGUUUUUUUUACUUUCUAUUUUUUUUUUUUUUGGAGUUUGAUUUAUGUGGAGGAGUAGGGGUACAUGUGUGUUAUUUAUCUACUUUUCUAGACUCCCUUAAUUAUUAGGGGUGUUUAAUGGGGUAUGAUAAUGUAGGUUUUGGACACUACAGUGAUUUUUUUUGUGAAUUAUUCGACUUAUCAAAUAAAUUUACUCACUUAUAUGUA